AUGGGCAAAACAUACAUUGUUGAGCACCUCGACGAGGAAUUGGGUCAAUGGUCUGAGCUCGAGUACAUUACGAUUGCGCGCGAGACGGGCGACUUUUGCCUGUCGUCGAUCCCGGCAACUCUGGCCCUGCCCCAGGAGCUGAAGGACAUGCCGGGCUUUGUGGCAGAGACGCGGGGCGUGGAGGAGAUCUACGGCCAAGAUCCGGCCAAGAAGGCGCGCGUGUGCCUGCUGGAUCCCGCGGCCGCACAGGAGCUGUCGCCCGAGGACGGCGAACUGUUUGACGUGUUUCUGUUUGGCGGCAUUCUGGGCGACAACCCGCCGAGAGACCGCACGUCCGAACUCCGCGCAAAGGGCUUCACCGGGCGCCGCCUUGGCCCCAAGCAGAUGACAACGGACACGGCGGCCCGUGUGACACGUAUUGUGGUCGAACAGAAGAUCGCCCUGGACGACAUCCCGUACCUCGAUUUCCCCGAGCUCAAGUUCAACGAGCACGAAAGCACGGAAAUGCCUUUCCGCUAUGUUCAGGGCGACGACGGCAAGCCCAUCAUGCCCGAGGGUAUGGUGGAUUUGAUUCGCAAGGACUCUGACAAGGCCAUUGACGACCUCUUUUAA